AUGUAUUACAACAACUCGUUCAAUGAUUCUGACGCCGCGUCAAUUGUGUUCGACUCCUAUGCUGAAUUGGAGAAGAGAUUGGAAGCACAUUCGUGGCAGAAGCUGAUCAAUGAGGAGAUGACCGCCUAUCCGAAUUUGUUCGAGAGCGUUUAUGAGAGCUGCGGAACUCCACACACCGAAACCAAUGAAUUGCUCCGAGGAGCUUCAUCGCGACCGACCAGCUCGUUGAGCCUCGCAUUGAUUCAAGAGAGCGUUGAGACGUUCAAGAAAAAUGAGGAAACUUGGAAGCGCAUAUUCGACGUGGAUCCGGUCGAAGACAAUUGGGUGUUCUCGACGAGACCAUCGGAUGCCGACUCGUACGUUGUGGUGCCAGAGGCGGACAGCGACGAGUGGGGAUUGUCCCGAAACAAGGUCUUAAUGACGAUGGACACGUCGGAAUCGAGCUCGGAUGGAUCGUUCAUUGUUGUCGACGAAGUUGAAGGAUCGAUGAGUUUGGAAGGCGAGGAGUCGACGAGCGAUCGUCUCACUGAAGCCGACAGCGAUUACUUCCUCAAAGGAUACGAUCCCCAUCAGCUCGAUCUGAUAAUGUCGAGUCUUCAACUCGUUCCGGCCAGCGUCGAGAUGAUCGCUCCCAGUAAGGAAGAUGAGAUCGCGAUCCGCGCCAACAAUUUUGAGAGCGAUGAGUUCGCUGGAAUGAAUCUUUUGUUCGCCCGUCGUACCGUUGAGCAGCUUCUCGCCGAGCGCACUUCCACGGUGCUGCCGGAAGCGUCGCAUCGUCACGACUACGUGCACAAGGUCGUCAUGCGGCUGUUCAUGAUUCAGCGCUUCGCGCCGGCACCGUUGCCGAAGCGGGAGAACACCCGCUCGAGAUGCUGCAGCUUCUGCUACAACUUCGUGCUCACCACAUGCCGGAAGAUGGGAGUUCGGGCGCCGUCGAAGGACGACUUCGGGCCGUGGUCGACCCACGAGAUCGUCGUCCGACAGAACAAUGAGAAGUUCACACAAUGCCAGUUCCUUCGUUGCCAGGUGUGCCCACACUGCAAGAUGUCCGGAACCAAGGCGCACACGAUGUCGCACUGCCCUGAGAAUCCGAACCGUCGUCGGAACUCGUUGAUGAUCGAUGGUGACGGGAGUGAGGACAGCUCGACGAUGGGUGGAUUCUUCAAGACGGGAAGUCGUUGA